CUCCCUCGCUAGCAGCCCCGUAGGCGCCCGGCGGGUGCUGACCGCUGCGCCCGCAGCCCAAGACCGAGGCAGGCGCUGACUCGAGGCCAGGCGGCCGGCGCGGCUCUUGGAACAUGGCAACCUGUGCAUGGCUCGUUCUGGAAGGAGAUAACUGACCGUAAUGCCUCAGAAUCAAGUGUGACGUUUCUCCAGGUACUUCAUAGUUCUCCUCUGUUCUCUCCACGCCACUGCUCUACACGGCUCCUGAGACAUGGCAGAAAAUGAAGACGAGAAGCAGACUCAGGCUGGGCAGAUUUUUCAGAACUUUGUCCAGGCUUCCACAUGCAAAGGUACCCUCCAGGCCUUCAACAUCCUCGUACGGCACCUGGACCUAGAUCCUCUGGACCACAGGAACUUCUAUUCCAAACUCAAGUCCAAAGUGACCACCUGGAAGGCCAAAGCCCUGUGGCACAAAUUGGACAAGCGUGGAUCCCACAAAGAAUAUAAGCGAGGGAAGUCGUGUAUGAACACCAAGUGUCUCAUCAUUGGGGGAGGACCAUGUGGCUUGCGCACUGCCAUUGAACUUGCCUACCUGGGGGCCAAAGUGGUCGUGGUGGAGAAGAGGGACACCUUUUCCCGGAAUAACGUGCUGCACCUCUGGCCUUUUACCAUCCAUGACCUGCGGGGCCUGGGAGCCAAGAAGUUCUAUGGGAAGUUCUGUGCCGGCUCCAUCGACCAUAUCAGUAUUCGUCAGCUACAGCUCAUUCUAUUCAAGGUGGCCCUAAUUCUAGGAAUUGAAAUUCAUGUGAAUGUGGAGUUUGUGAAGGUUCUAGAACCUCCUGAAGAUCAAGAGAAUCAAAAAAUUGGCUGGCGGGCAGAAUUUCUCCCUGCAGACCACUCUCUGUCGGAGUUUGAAUUUGAUGUCAUCAUUGGCGCUGAUGGCCGCAGGAACACCCUGGAAGGAUUCAGAAGAAAAGAAUUCCGUGGGAAGCUGGCUAUUGCAAUCACCGCCAACUUCAUAAACAGAAACAGCACAGCUGAGGCCAAGGUGGAAGAGAUUAGCGGCGUGGCUUUCAUCUUCAAUCAGAAAUUCUUUCAGGACCUCAAAGAAGAAACAGGGAUUGAUCUUGAGAACAUAGUUUACUACAAGGACUGCACCCACUAUUUUGUCAUGACAGCCAAGAAGCAGAGCCUGCUUGACAAAGGUGUCAUCAUUGAUGACUACACCGACACCGAGAUGCUGCUGUGCGCAGAAAACGUGAACCAGGACAACCUGCUCUCCUAUGCCCGAGAAGCUGCAGACUUUGCCACCAAUUACCAACUGCCAUCUUUAGAUUUUGCCAUGAACCAUUACGGGCAGCCUGAUGUGGCCAUGUUUGACUUCACUUGCAUGUACGCCUCAGAGAAUGCGGCCCUAGUGCGUGAGCGGCAGGCACACCAGCUGCUCGUGGCUCUUGUGGGCGACAGCUUGCUCGAGCCUUUUUGGCCCAUGGGCACAGGCUGUGCCCGUGGCUUCCUGGCAGCCUUUGACACAGCGUGGAUGGUGAAGAGCUGGGACCAGGGAACUCCUCCCCUGGAGCUGCUGGCUGAAAGAGAAAGUCUUUACCGGCUGUUGCCUCAAACAACCCCAGAGAACAUCAACAAGAACUUUGAACAGUACACAUUGGACCCAGGGACACGGUACCCAAACCUCAACUCACACUAUGUCAGGCCACAUCAGGUGAAGCACUUGUACAUCACUGAGGAGCUGCACUGCUACCCUCUUGAGAGGGUGGGCUCAGUGAGAAGAUCUGUCAGACUUUCCAGGCGGGAGUCAGACAUCCGGCCCAGCAAGCUGUUAACCUGGUGUCAGCAGCAGACCGAGGGCUACCAGCACGUCAACGUCACUGACCUGACCACAUCCUGGCGCAGUGGCCUGGCUCUGUGUGCCAUCAUCCACCGCUUCCGGCCCGAGCUUAUCAACUUUGACUCUUUGAAUGAAGAUGAUGCUGUGAAGAACAACCAGCUGGCAUUUGACGUGGCCGAGCGUGAGUUUGGGAUCCCCCCAGUGACCACUAGCAAAGAGAUGGCGUCAGCUCAGGAGCCUGACAAGCUCAGCAUAGUCAUGUACCUCUCCAAGUUCUACGAGCUCUUCCGGAACACCCCGCUGAAGACUGUGGAUUCCUGGGGCAAAUACUAUGGAGAAAACGCUGACCUCAGCUUGGCCAAAUCAUCCAUUUCUAAUAAUUAUCUCAACCUCACGUUGCCGAGGAAGAGGACUCCACGAGUGGAUGGCCAAACCGAAGAGAGUGACAUGAACAAACGGAGGCGGAAAGGCUUCAACAACCUGGAUGAGCCUUCAUGCUUUUCCAGUCGAAGCGUGGGCCCCAAUCAAGAGUGUGUCAGCAUUAAAGAAGGUGGAAAUCAGAACAAAGUCAAGUCCAUUGCAAAUCAGCUGCUGGCUAAGUUUGAGGAGAGCACUCUGAACCCUUCACUCCUGAAGCAGGAAGGCCGUGUCUCAGGGAUAGGUAAGCCCGUCCUGUGCUCUUCCUCUGCCUCUCCUGUUAACCCUCGCUGCCCCAAGCCAAAGGACCCCACACCCAGCCCAUCACCUCCUCUGAAGAGGCAGCUCCCAUCGGUGGCUGUGCCUGGGUAUGUGCGCAGAGAGCUAAAGCAAGUGUCUGCUGGUGGCGAGUGCUCAAGCAGACCCUGGAGAGCCAGGGCCAAGUCAGACCUACAGCUGGGUGGGCCUGAAAGUCCUGCUGCCUGGCCUUCUACCUGCCAGGGAGCACUGGCCCUCUCCGGGGUGCUGCGGCGCCUGCAAGAAGUGGAGGAGAAGAUUCUGCAGAAGAGGGCUCAGAACUUGGCCAACAGGGAAUUUCACCAAAAGAACAUUAAGGAGAAGGCAGCUCACCUUGCAUCCAUGUUUGGACGUGGGGACUUUCCGCAGAAUAAACUCUCUAAAGGCCUGUCUCAUCCUCAUCCUCCGUCUUCUCCCUCUUGCCUUCCAUCUUCUGAUCCAGCUGUUACUUCCUCUCCAUCAACUACUGACUCUGCUUCUCCAGCCAGAAAGGUAAAGAAACCCCCUUUGGGUUUUCAUUCCUGUCCCAGCCACUUAAGAAUAGUGCAACUUCAGCUGACGGUAGGGAAAGUUUCCAGCGGAAUAGGGGCUGCAGCUGAAGUCCUGGUCAAUCUGUACAUGAAAGAUCACAGACCUAAGACCCAGGCCGCCUCUCCAGACCUGGAUUGUAUGCGAAAGGUGUGCCCCCUGAACCUGGGCGGCAGCGACACCUGUUACUUCUGUAAGAAGCGUGUGUACUUGAUGGAGCGACUGAGCGCAGAGGGCCACUUCUUCCACCGCGACUGUUUCCGCUGCAGCAUCUGUGCCACAACCUUGCGUCUGGCUGCCUAUGCCUUCGACUGUGAUGAAGACAAAUUUUACUGCAAACCUCAUUUCAUUCACUGUAAAACCAAUAAUAAACAACGGAAGAGAAGGGCAGAGUUGAAGCAACAAAGAGAGGAGGAGGAGACGUGGAAAGAGCAGGAAGCUCCUCGUCGAGACACUCCCACCGAAAGUUCUUGUGCAGCCGUAGCCAUUGGCACCCCCGAAGGCAGCCCCCCAGGUAUCACAACUUCCUUCUUUAGGAAUGUGCUAAGCCAGCUUCUCAGGGUGCCCAGGGACCUGCUUGACAUUCCCUCGAGCCUCCUUAACUGGAUGCGGGGUCUCCUGCGCCGCGCUGGCCUCCAUAUCAGGGACAAUGCUUACAACUACUGCUACACAUACGAGCUCCUGAGCCUUGGGCUGCCACUCCUCUGGGUGUUCUCUGAGGUCCUGGCCACCAUGUACCAGGAGGCUGAGGUUUCCCUCGAGAGCAUCCGCAACUCCCUGCUCAGGUGCUUCCCAGUCAAGCUUCACUGAAGCAUCGGGCCUGCCCCAGAGUGCCUUAACAUUUCCAGGGUUGAGAUGGCAAUGUGUUAGUAGUUUUCUAAAGCUUCUGGCAUGGAAACCUAGCAUUUUGUAGCCAGUUAGCGCAAAGCCAAAGAGGUUCACAUUGUCACCUCUGCCUAGCCUUGUCAGAGUGAGCAUCUGCUCAUGGGGCUAGGACCAGGGCCAACAUGAAGGAUGUUUUCUAUAGCUUUGUACUUUUUUAUACCAAAACGAGCCAUAUUUCUGGGUUUACAUUUCAAUUUUUAACUUUUAAUAAGCCAAGAAAAAAUGUGUUUUUUCUAGGUCAAUCUUUCUAAACACGGGUUUGAAAUUUGUAACUGGUAUUACAUACCCCUUCAACGUGGCCAUGAGUUGUGAUAGUCACUGAGUGCAAAGUUAAUGCUUUGGGGUUUUAUAUAUUUAAAAAAAAAGUGAAUGUGCCAUCUCUGACAAGUGCCUUUAAAUGUAUGUACCUGGAUGUCACUUGUCAACAGGGGGCAAAUUUUGCAGCACAAACGUUUUAUUAGAAGAAGAGAGUAGAAGGACAGAGUAGAAUUGAACCUAAAAAGCACGUGCUGUCAUCUGUCCUCUCAGAAGGAGGAGGAUUGUUUUGCUCCCUUGUUUUGAUAUAAAAUAAUAGCUUAAUGGAUUGUUUUUUAAUACCAAAUCACAGCCAAAUGUCAUAGAACCACAGGGUUUGAACCAGAUUGCUACAAACAUACGUUUUUCCUUCUCACUAAUGAGCAUUGCAGUGAAAGCCCAUGGGCUCUUGAUCACCGGAAGCUCCGUCAAACUGAUGCAAUGCUGAAGAGGAUCUAGGUCAGCUGGUGGCAUUUUAGACCCUGGGCUCCGCGUCAGGUCCCCAGCCCUGGCUGCAGGCUGAGCCAAGGCCACUCAGGGUCCAUAAUGGUCAGACUGCGCAGGAGGAUCUGCCCUCUCCCACCUCGUCCUUUAUGACUAAGGGUGUUUGUUAGCACUUCAGGGAAGUGUGGCCUGCCCAGUGAGCAUUGCCACAAACAUCCUGGCUCCUGGGCCACUCGACUGCCAUAAAUAUUUGUUCAAAACAGAAACCAUUUUACCCUGCGCUAGAAUAGGCACAUAUCUGACCUCCAGGGGGCAGCCUCACCAUGUCUUAACUUACAGGGGAGGCUGGGAGUUGAAGCUGUUUAUUGACUGAUUCAAAGGAAAAAUGCCAUAUUAAGGGCAAAAUCUGGCAUUGGGCCUACCAGCAUUCUUCACUCUGAGCAUCUAGGAAGGUUCUCAACUCUCCCCACUCUGCCUGAAUAUGCCCAGCUGUAGGGUCGGGAUGAAUAAUAGCAAGGUUGAUAAGAAAGCCCUCUACAGCCCUCAGUGUAUCCAGAGUUGCUGAGCCCAAGGUAGCUCCAUGCAGCUGUUAUCACUUGAGGUUUCCUCUGGCAUCAGUGAGAGCGGAGCCUGGUGUGCAUUUGGAGCCACAGCUCCUGAGAGCUUUCAGAGGGUGAGUUUCCUUAGGGUAGAACGAAGGAGGGGACAUUUCUGCACUUUGCUGAAGACUUUGGGAAAAACAGGCUGGCUGUGUUCAAGUUGGUGGGAACUGGUGCCUCUGGCCUCAUUGGAACUGUUCUCAGUCUGAUGACUUGCAUUGUGUUUUUGCCCAGUUUUUGCUGGGCUUUUCACAUCCAGUGUGGUGGGGGAGCCCUGGUCUCAUUUUAUGUUUGAUUAUAGAAUGUAAACUCGAGGUCAUGAUGUUAACACACGCACCCCUCAUCGUGAUUGUUAUUACCAUCAGCUCAGGAUGGGCUGAAAUGCUUUGUGGAAUGUUCCAUGAAGCCAGAGUUAGAAUCUCUCAGAAUAUCAUGUAUGUCCAAGACGAGACUGGUUUGCAUUACUAUGGUGGGAUGGGGUGUUCCUGUCGGAAUCCUGAGAUGUUUGUAUGCUCCGAGACCUCGAACCUUCCUGGUGGGCAGCACCAAAACACAAGGGUGAGUCCCUGGGGCUGAACCUCUGUACGCUUCCAUAACAUAUUCAAGAAUGAAUUUGAGACAUUAGGGUAAAAUUGGGGCAAAGGGGAUAUUGGGGACAGGGUGUUCUGAGGGUGCUUACAGCUCUGAGUGGAGGAGACUGAAUUGUUAGCAUAUGCAAGCUACAUGGCUUACUCUUGUCAAUAAGUAGCUGUCACUACCAGAAAGGUUCAUCUCUCUUAAGCAAGCAGUAACUUGUUUGGGGACGUUUCCUGUUUUUUAAUGGUUACUUUAUUUUCAACUCCUGUGCCUUCCCAUGUUGUCAGCCAUUUCUUUUUUUCUCCCAGCCUAAGUUCUCUCCUCUGUCUUUCUCUCUCUUUCCAACCUUACACUGUGGCUGUCAGUUCGUUUCAGCCUUCCAGUGCUGCACCCACUUUUUGGCUGACAUACUUCUGCCCUGAGGUAACUGGUUUCUUUGCCAAUUUGCAGAGAGUGUUAUUAACCCCUGACCUGCUUUCGGCACCCCCGUCCUCCCCCGUCGCCGGUGGUACUGGUUGCGCUAACUGUGAGUGUCUUGCAUACUAAUGGACUCAUUUGGUGGCAUGGUCAUCUAACAACAUGGGUGGUGUUCAGCUUGAAAGCCGUUUCUGAUUCCUUCUCCCUCUGAGCCGGCAUCCCCCAUCCACACCUCAAGUGCAUGGCUGCCCCUUCUUUGUUCUCCGGGCUGCCUGCAUGCUUUCUAGUUGCCUUUAUGAAGCCAUUUACUUUCUUGGGAGGGUUAACUCUGCCUAAUUGUGAGACAGUUCCAAAGAAAGGGAUCUGUCACUUUUAAAGGUACACUGCAGACUAGAGACCUCUGAAAAAGCACACUCAUACACCAUCUUCUUAAAUUGGUUCUAACAAAGAUUACUAAUCAAAACUGUAGGUGAUUCUUUUGGGAGGGAUUUAGAAAAGAAAGAAGAAGAAAAGGUAUUACGAGGCUUCAUCCCAAGCUUGACCCGUGCUCUGUGUUUUGAAUACAUCCUCACAAUUAUUCUGGCAAGUCCUUUCUCUGCUGCAAACUAUUCUAUAGAUCCAAGAGUUUUGCUGUGACUCUUUUCAUCUCCCUUGACUCAUAAAGACCCAGGUGACGGUGAAGCUUCAUUUACAGCAGUCAUCCUCACAGGGAAGGCAUGUCAUUAAGAAAUGAGGCAGUUCAGCCACAGACCUGAAGUGGCCAAUUUAAAUGCCCCUGUAGCCCUGCUCAAGAGACAUUUUCCCACUGACUCCUUUACCUAGAGCAGCAGAACCACCAAAGUGCUCUUAAAGAGAAACAACACCCCAUGUACAAUGGAGCUGUUGUAGGCCAGGCCUCGAGGUCUCAGGCUGCAGUUGGUGUUUGUCCUGCAUGUGACCCCGAGCCAUCCUGUCCUCUCGACCUGGCUGCAUAGCCCUGCAUGCUUCAUCCCUUGCUGCGUUGGUGCAGAUCCUGGCCAGUAAGAGGUCGUUGCUCUUGUCUUAUCUUUUCUUGCAGAGUUUCCUCCUUCCCUUUAUAGAAUGUCAACCAAAGACUGUCCUCCUCCCUUCUCAGCCUCCUCUUUAACUAGACUCCCUAUCUCAUCGCAACGCAUGUGUGUGACCUCUGGUUAUCAUUUACAGUGCCACACAGAACCCUGUAUUUUGCACACAGCAAACAAUGUGUAGCUUUAUUUAUGGUAUUUGAUGCUGUAAAUGAAAAUAAAUAUGGUUCUUUAUAAAGCUCAUUGUUUCCUCUCUUCUUUGCCAUGGAAGCUUCUAAAACCUCAAACCCAGGGAUUGGUUUAGGGGAUCAGUCUUCCCUAAACUGCUGGCAGGACUUGCACUUGUGGUGACAUGGGACUCUCUGGGGCUAUGCUGGGGCACUUUGGAAAAAAAAUAUUACCCAGGGGUAAUAUUUGGAAAAUGUCACCAAUGCUCCUGGGCCAGGCUUUGUGGUUUCUUUCUUGAAAGCUCAUUGCACUUUCCUGCUCUAGAUGCAGGGCAUAGCUGGGUGAAGGUCAGUGUCACCUCAGCUUUAGGAACAGAAUGUAUUGACAGCUACUUGCACCCAUGUCUCCCUACGCAUCCCAAGCCAUGGACCUAUAGGAAAGCUUUACUAUGAACCUUACACUAAUUGAGGUUCCUAGACAGCAAAGGUUGCUCUUGAAAAUUUUAUGCUGGACAAGCUGAGUGAUGGGUAAAAGGUAAGGAAGAGAGACUGGACAUUUGUUUCUGGAUUCUAUGAACAAGGUGUAUGUGCUCUUCCAGAUGGAGAGCCAUUUGAGAUCCUAAGAGACCCCUUGCCCCCAACACACACACACACACAAAGGUUUAGGCCAUUCAGUGUCUUAUGCUGUGAGGCUUGCCCAUAGGGCCACUCUGAGUACAGCACCUCUGGCAGGCUCCAGCCCAACUCCAGGAAGUGUUUAAGGAAAGGAUUUGGAGUCUCACUUGGCUAGCCUGGGCUGUGCCAAAGAAGUCUGUUUUUUCCUGCACUGGUCCUCAACCUCCCUACAGCAAGAUGCCUGCCAUUGUCAGGCUGGAUGUAGCUGAGCUUCUGACACUGGUAUGACAAGUCACCUGUAAGCUUCUUGAGGACGCUCGGACUUCCAAAGAGGCAUUUCUGUGGUCCUGGGCCUCUGAGCCCAGCUGCUGGCACCUGGAUCUGCCUUCAGAGCUGCCUAAGGUCAAGGAUCCUGUACUCUUACCCAGGUGUACUUAUUCCCUUCCCAGCAAGGAAGAGUAUCAGGGACUAGAAGUGAAGAGCUGGGUUGAGCAAAUGACUUAUUCAUUCAUUUAUUCAACAAAUAUUUGAAUUAUUAUUUAAACAUUACUGUAAAUACUAGGAAUAAAGCUGCCAACCAGACAGAGUCCCUAUCCCUCCUUGUAUCUUGGAGAGUAUCUAUCUCAGUGUUGCUGUGCUAAACCUGAUUUGGUUUUUUUUUUGUUCAUUUGUACAUGCACUCAUUUGUUCAUUCAUUCAACUAAUAUUUACUGAGUGUCUGCUCUGAGCUGAGUAUACAGCAGGGAACAAAAUAGACAAAAUCCCCACCUCAUGGAGCUUUUAUUUUGGUUUUGAUUUUUUUAUUUGAAGUUGGAUUAAAGCAACAUUUUCCAAAGUGUGUCAAUGGAACACUAGCCUCAAGAGGUGCUUCAUGAAUAACAUGAAUAAAAGGUUCCAUAGUCACAAAGUUUGAGAAAUGUUUUAUACUAACCUUGCCAAUUCUUCCCAAACUUUGGAAAAGAUUAACAAAAUCCAUUAGUGUGUUGAAACCUCUGAGGAGUUUUCUAAUAAAGAAGCUUAAUUAACUUUGUUAAAAUCAGCUUUCCCAUACCUAUUUGAAGUUGAAUUUUUUUUUUCUUUUGCAUAUUACAUUCUAUACAAACAGUGUUUAGUAAACUAUUCUUUUUUCCAAAAACACUAGAUUAAAGACUUAAAAUAAUAUAAUUAAAAAUUUACUAGAUAAUGGGGUAAUAACUUUUUAAGUUUUAAGACCUAUAACAGAAAAAAAAUCACAUAGAAAAACAUGACAUAAGUCUGACUAUAUAUUUUUAAACUUAUGGUAAUAAUAAAAGUGAAAAUAAAUAGGCAAUCAGACUGGGGGGAAAUCUGCAUUAAAUGUGAUAACAAAGAAGUUUAUUGCUAUGAUAUUUUAAAAGUUUAUUCACAUCAGAUGUCCCCAAGCACCUGGCACAAUGUAAGUGAUCGUUAGUAUUUGUCAAUUAAAAAUCCAGUGAUAAAUAGACAAAGGCUAUAAAUAAAUGAGUCACAUUCAAGCAAAUUUAAAAAGUAAACUGUACGAGUGACACUACAGAAAAUGGUAGAGUAGGAAGCUGCAGGUGUCAGUCCCUCCACCAAAACAACCAUGGAACUGGAAAAAGAAAUAUCAGAAUCGCCUAUUUCAGAACUCUGGAAUCUGAUCAGACAUUUACAGCAACCAGGGGAGUGCUUGAUGAGGGGAGAGGCUGCUGCAAUUUGGUCAGAGAGCAGCAUGCAUGAACAAGCUACCAUCCCCCAUUCCUCCCUGCUGUGGCCAUGAGGAUGGUGGCCCACGUUCCUGAAGCAUCUGGCUGGUACCAGGGAGGGAAAUAAGGACCUUGCCCUAAAACAAUUGAGGAUGUGUGUUUUGGUCAAUCUGGCAAUUCCCUUAGGGACUAGCACAGAUCUUCACUUUGUUUUGGAAACCCUGGACUGCAGUGGUUUCCCUGGCAGCAGCUAUUGGAAGAUUUAAGAGACAGGCCCUUUGUUGUUGUUGUUUGUUUUGUUUUUGAUCCAGACAUUUAAGGGAAUCUCUGUCAAGUCACUAGUUGUCCACAGAGACAACAAAGCAUAAACUUCAGUGAUCACACACAACAAGGAGUACAGACUGCAAAAAUAGUCUAUAAAGUCACUAAACAACCAAACAACUAUAGCCCUAGCAAGCAAAACUCAACAAUUCCUAAUGAAGGGAAGAAUCUGAUUUCCAGAGGUACCACAUCAUAGUACUCAAAAUCUCAAGUUCUCAACAAAAAAAUUUCAAAGCAUUCAAAGAAAGAGGAAAGUAUAGCCCAUUCACAGGAAAAAAUGAAUUUUACAGAAACCAUCUCUGAGGAAACCCAGACAUUGAAAUUACUAGCCAAAAGGCAUUAAAUUAAUGUCUUAAAUAUGCUCAAUGAGCUAAAGGAAAUCAUGGAAAAAGAACUAAAGGAAAUCAGGAGAACAAUGUAUGAACAAAUAUGUCAACAAAGAGAUAGUGAUUACAAAAAGUAACCAAAUAAAAAUUGUAGAGAUGAAAAGUACAGUAGCUGAAAUGAAAAAAUUGCUAGAGAUGUUCAAUGGCAGAAGUAGGCAGAGGAAACAAUCAUCAGACUUGAAGAUAAGGCAAUAGAAAUUAUCCAGUCUAAGGAGCAGAAAGAAAAAAAGAGUGAAGAAAAAUGAACAUAGCCUAAGAGUACCAUGGGACAUCAUCAAGCAUACCAACAUACAUAUCAUUGACGUCUCAGAAGGAGAAGGAAGAUAAAAAAGAGCCAGAACAAAUAUUUGAAGAAACAAUGGCCAAAACUUCCCAAAUUUGAUGAAAGGCAUAAAUGUAUAUAUCCAAGAAUCUUGACAAACCCUAGGCAGGGUAAACUCAGAGAUCACACCAACAUACAUUAUAGUCAAAUUGUCAAAGGCCACAGAUAAAGAAUCUUGAAAGCGGCAAAAGAGAAAUGACUCAUCACAUACAAAAGAUCCUCAAUAAGAUUGACAGAUGAUUUCUUAUCAGAAUCAAUGGAGGCCAGAAGGCAGUGGGAUGACAUAUUUUAAGUCCUCCAAGGAAAAGCAAAAACAAAAACAGCUAUCAGCCAAGAAUUCUAUAUCCAGCGAAACUUUUCUUCAGUAAUUAAAGAGAAAUUAAGACAUUCCAGAUAAACAGUAGCUGAGAGAGUUUGUUACUAGUAGACCUCCCCUACAAGAAAUGUGUUUUCAAGGUUCAUCCAUGUUGU